GGCCUACUGAGUGCCUGCUGUGUUUAUUUUCACUAGCGUGGCCUGUGACAUGUGUCACUAUAAAAGAAGGAAGACAGAGUGUGCUUCACAUUGGGGAUGAAGGUAAUCCUUGUCAGACACGUUACCUGUCAGUUUGGUAAAUAGGAGCCUUUUAAUGGAUUACAUUCAGGUUACAUUUCAUCGAGUCGCUGUGUACCAGAUGGCGGCCUUCCCAUGUGCUUGGCUGUAUGGUUAUCUCUGCUCCUCUGGCCAUUUGCCUAUUACAGUCAGGUAUGCUUUGAUGAGGAUACCAGAUACAAGUCAACCACAGUUGCAGGAAGUGGCAAGGGCCAAGCUAGAGCCCAUCACCACAGAAGCUGGUAAGAAUUUUGACCAUGCUGGGAAGUUGCAGGAAGUGGCAGGGGACACGCCAGGGCCCAUCGCCACAGAAGCUGGUAAGAAUUUUGUCCAUGCUGGGAAGUUGCAGGAAGUGGCAGGGGACACGCUAGGGCCCAUCACUACAGAAGCUUGUCAGAAUUCGGUCCAUGCUGUGAAGUUGCAGGAAGUGGCAGGGGACAUGCUAGGGCCCAUCACUACAGAAGCUCGUCAGAAUUCGGUCCAUGCUGUGAAGUUGCAGGAAGUGGCAAGGGACAGGCUAGAGCCCAUUACUAGAGAAGCUGGUCAGAAUUCAGUCCAUGCUGUGAAGUUGCAGGAAGUGGCAAGGGACAGGCUAGAGCCCAUUACUAGAAAAGCUGUAAAUGUAACUUGGACAUUUGUGUUUUAUUUCAGAUACAUUUAUCUCUUAGUUGGAGGAGUGAUUUUAGCUUGCGCUUCCAUGGGGCCCUAUGCAGUAUUUAUCUUCAUCCCUGCCCUUUGUCACGCAGCAUUGUUUCAUAUUGUCAGCUGGGAAUCUGUCUAUAAAUGGGCAUUUCUGUUACAAAUGACAUGGCAGACUGGAUGUCACCUAUGGCUAAUGUACAGACAGUAUUAUCUGGAGGAAACCAUGUCUGUAAAAUUAUCCAUUAUGAUUUCAUCUCUUAUGCUCUUGACGCAAAAAGUCACAUCUCUGGCUAUGGAUCUCCAUGAACGAAAGAUGACAUUUACAGCAAACUAUUGCACGAAGGAGAAAAGUUUCCACGCCGUGUGGAGGUACAAUAUACUGGUCAUACUUUCUUAUUUCAUGUUCUUCCCUGCUCUCCUGGGCGGUCCACUGUGUUCAUUUGUAAAGUUCCAGCAGCAGGUUAAUAAAGCUUCCACGUGUUGUAACUAUAGGCAUGCCUGGAUAUUAAGUAGAGGCCUGACAUUAUUCAUGCUGCUGCAGAUUCUUCGAGCUGUGCUGUUUGAAAAAAUGAACUUCCAAUGUGACCUCAUGAACUGUAGACACCUAGGCUGUAUAUAUGUUAUGUGGAGCACAGCGCUGAUAUAUAAAAUGACUUAUUACUCCCACUGGCUACUGGAUGAAGCCUUAUUUCACACAGCAGGAUUUUCCAUAGAAUUAUGUUCACACGUAGAAGUUUCCGACAUCAAUAUCUUCACCUUAGAAACAACUAAUAAAAUCUCGGUGUUUGCCAGGACCUGGAACAAAAGCACAGCCAUGUGGCUAAGAAGACUUGUAUUUGGAAACUGCAGGACAAGACCUGUACUGUGGACAUUCGCAUUCUCAGCUUGGUGGCAUGGACUGUACCCUGGACAAAUCUUUGGAUUUUUGUGCUGGGCGUUGAUGCUGGAGGCUGAUUACAGAAUACAUACAUAUUUAGAAUAUGUUUCAAAACCCUGGUAUAUCCAAUAUCUGUUCAAAACAUGUACCUGGCUACAAACCCAGUUAAUUAUUGCAUACGUCAUGGCAGCCAUUGAAAGCAGGACUUUAGCAAGUGUAUUGGCCCUCUGUUUUUCGUACAACAGUUUAUUUCCUAUUUUCUACUGCAUGUCAUUUAUAUUCUUAGGAAAACAUAGAAAAGGGUAGUUAUUUGUUAUAAAGUAUGACACAUUACCAUAGCAGUACUGUACCUUUAGA